UCCACGACUUUGCACACACAAAACUAUAGUAUCGAAUUGUAAGUGCCAAGUUUCACAGUCAACUUUCCAAAAAAUGAUGUGAAAAGAAACUCUAAAUUUUGAAAUAAUCGGGAUCCCAGCAUGUCAAAUAGUUAUUGUAAACGACCGGGAACUACAGACUUCGGGAAAGAAUAUGAAGAACUAAACGUAGCAAACAUAAUCUUCAAAGCUGUAACCCAUAAAGACAUAGAAGAUUUUACAUUGUCAACAGACGAUAGUGACUUCGGGAGUUUUGACGAUAUAGUUUUCGAAGUUACUGGCAAUGAGAUUAACCAGAAAUAUGCUAUCCAGUUGAAACAUGUAAACAAAAAUGAAAGAACAUUAAAUCCAAUAAGUUUGACACAAGAUACCGGAAAUUACGCAAUUGUCAAGUAUUUUCAGUCUUACAAAAAAAUAUACGAACUUGGUCAUCGUCACAAAUUAAUAUUGUUCACAAACCUUAAAUUCAAUAGUCGAAAUGGGGGGACAAUCACUUUUGAGAAACAACAGUUUACUACAAGACUAUCAAAAAUGCCAACCAUUGAUGAAUUAGUUAAUAGUUCCGGAGCUUCUGGCAGCUGCUACAAAUUUACAAACAUUCAAAGUACGGUUUCCGUUCCACUUUCCAAAGAGCAACAAGAAUAUAAAGAUUUUUUUCAAAACUUCUAUUUGUACACCGACCAAGCGAAUGUGUUUCAAAUGAAACAAAACGUGUCCAAUCGAUUUCAAAAAGCCUUUUCUUGUAGCGAUUCUGCGUUCGAUCGUUAUCUGCAGUUCAUAUCAAACUGGACCAAACUACAGGAUGAAAAAGUGAAGUUGAAUAAAAGUCAGAUGAAAAGAGUAAUAACGUUUCGCGUGCUGUCUCACCUGAUUAAGCCACUUUCUUUCAAACCAGUCAAUAAGAAAAUCCAAAUGCUUCAAAACGCAAUUUCUGAAUUUGAUGUUACCAUUUUUGAAAAAGAAUCUGAACUUCUUGUUUGUGAGAUCUGGGGUGAUAAAAAAUGUGAACUUGAAAAUAAAUUGGAGACUAUUAACGAACUGAUAACUGCAUAUCAACUCGAGCUUAACGAUGUCAAAAAGGUCGGUGAUUUAAGUGACAAAAGCUGUAGCCAGUUGCUGUGGCUGCUGAACAUUUGCCCACUAAUUGUAUCAGUAAGUUCUUCUACAUAUGAAAUAAUCCAACUGUGUCAUCAAGACAAAUUCGUUCUGCUUGGAAAUCACACAGAAGAUCAAAUAAGUGGUCGUUUAGUCUUCCAAAACUUAUCCGACCUAUUUUUUAAAUCCGAGAUACAUUACCAAAACAUUACAACUGCCUUUGAAUAUUCACUUCAAGGAAAAGAAGAACUGCCUCUGCAAUGCUUAAUUAAAGAAAAUGAAGACUUUCGAAAAGGUAUAACAACAGAUGACUUAGUAAAAAUGUUGGAAGACACUUAUUUCGUUGGAGGAAAGCAGGAAUCUUUUGAUUUUCCAUAUAUUAAUAGAUUUCUCACAGUAAAUAUUAUUGACUUUGAAUAUUUAAAGAAAAUUGACAAGGAUACAAUUGUAGUUAUUGACUGUCUACCCAAGGGUUAUCAAACUUACGAAUGGCUACGCAACUUUAACUUGAUAGAGGUCGAGGGAUCUUCGCAAAAACAACCUCUUGACAGAAAUGUUGAAUUGACAAAUUCAGCAUUUAAACCAGACCUGUAUGUUACAGAAGGCGUAUGUACCGAAAAAAGAUUCAAAGCAAUUUCCAAAGUCAACGUUACGAAACAACAUCACCUUCGUCUCAACAAUGAUGGGAAGUUGCAAUGGAUACGUAGCUUAAGCGAUGUUGAGGAACUAGAACCAUUUCUCACAGAAGGAGAUCAUGUGAAAGAAAACGAAUUGUCUAUUAUCAAGAACAAAAUCAAUUUAAUAGUCGGAGAACCAGGAAUGGGAAAAUCGGUGCUAAUGAGAAGGUUAAAAAACAAAUUUGAUUCCAAGUAUUUAGCAAUUGUUUUCUACACGGAGGACAUUUCUGCGUACUUAGAUUUUAAAAACAAAUACAGCACUACAUCUUAUAUGCUAGAAGAAUACGUCUUGAAUGAAAAGUUCAAAAACAUGGAGAGAUUCGAAAAUAAAAUCUUGUCAAUAUUGAUGCGAAAGAAUAAGGUCAUCUACAUAUGGGACGGACUAGAUGAACUUUCCUCUCCAAAUAUCCAAGUUAUUACUGACAUUAUUCGACAUCUUUAUCAGAAGAACGUUUAUCAAUGGCUGACCUGUAGGUUGCACCUAAAAAACUAUUUGGAACACAAAUUUAACGUUUUUUCUAAGACAAUCAUCCAGUUCAGUGAAGAACAACAAUCUGCUUAUAUAGAGGAACGCAUGAAAGACGCUAACCACACAGAAGAAAGUAUAAAAAAUACGAUUCAAAAAAUUAAAAAACUAAUCAUACACCAUGAAAUUUUAGGGAUUCCUCUCCAGAUUUUUAUGCUUACGGAGUUAUUUCUUAAUUUUGGAAAAAAUUAA